AUGAUACCAAUGGGCGGGCAACUGCCUGUGAUUCCUCAAAAUGUCGUGGGGGUGGGGGGAGCUGCGGGCAUGGUCCACCCUUCGACUGGAUACAUGAUUGCCAGAGCGCUCGAAACUGCCCCUUCCAUUGUCAGCGCAGUAGCCCCAUAUCUGAAGGCACACAGGGGCCAAAAGGUUGAUUUGGCGCUCCUGUCCAGAAAGGGGUGGGCGGCCGCUUGGCCCACGGACGAGCAGCGCCAGUGGGGCUUCAUGAACCUCGGCAUGCAGAUACUGUGCGAGCUGGACCCCCAGGGCCUCCGCAGCUUCUUCAGGGCCUUCUUCUCCCUCGACGACUGGCUGUGGGGAGGGUACCUUUCUUGGCGGCUGUCGGCGGUUGAGUGCGUGGUGAUGGGCCUUGCGCUCCUGCAGGUGGCCCCGCUGCGCUUCCGAGGGCAGCUUGUGUGGACGGCGCUGCCCUUCCUUCCGGAGUUUGCGCGAGCGUGGGCGGCGGGCCUCCUGUGGCGGGCACCCAGUCCGGGAGUGUCCCUGAGGCUGAGGCACAGGUGGAAGGCCGAGCAGCAGCAGAAGCUGGAGCAGCGAUCGAACGCGGAGGCGUCCGCUUAG